AUGUGGGGCAUUGCUGGAGCCACCGCUGCCUUCAUCUGUCCUGCUACUGGGUGCUAUUAUCAGCCCCCCAACUGCCCACCGCCUGCCAUGCCUGAGGAGACCCAAGAAGACACCGUGGCACUGACACCGAGCCCCAGGAGCAGGGCGCCACUUGCCCCCAACCACAUACAGGAGGUGCGCCUGCACCAGGUGGAGUCCAUCAACGACCUACAUGGCGGAGGUUCGCUACGCCCCUACCCGGCCGAGGCGGCGCAGCCAUGGGACGAGCUCAUGGGCAUCUUGCCACCGUCACUGUGCGCCCAGGCUGGCUGUGGCCCUGGGCAAGGCAGGGGAAGCGUCCUGGUGCUGCUGGCUCUGUUGGCGCUCACCUGCCUGGCACUCGCCAUCCUGGCCGUCUACUUGAGUGUUCUGCAGAGUGAGUCCCUCCGCAUGCUGGCGCACACACUGCACACCCAGGAGGAGACGCUACUCAAACUCCGGCUUGCCAGCCUCAGCCAGCUGCGGAGGCUCAACUCCAGUGAGGCCCAAGCACCCAGCUGA